AACAAAUUAUAGCAAAACUAAUCACACAUUGAUUGCGAUCAGAGUAUUGCAAAUCAUAUGCGAAAAUACAACACAAUUAACAUAUGAUAUACACAAAAGUGUUGCCUAUUUUUAAACAAUGCAAUCGUUUAAUUGAUUUGUGGACUUUCUUGUGACAACUCAACCGAUGGCCCAAACGUUUGUUGAGAGACAGAACGGCUUCAUCGGCGGUAAGACAUCCGCCGAAGUGAUGUUCAAUAAGAUAGUGAUACUGAUUGGGACGGCGUUCGGGUUCGCCAUAUUGGCGGUGAUGAUACUCGUCAACGAUCACCUCCCGGAGCCCUAUAUGGACGAGAUAUUUCACGUCCAACAGACACAGACCUAUUGCAAAGGCAACUUCACAUAUCUGUUGUCAUCGCAUCCCAACGCAAUGAUGAGCUGUCUUUCACCACCAAUUGAUGACAAACUUUGGAAUCCGAAGAUAACGACACCUCCGGGUCUAUACCUCACAACUCUUGGUUUUCUCAAACCCUUCUCCGAGUUGUAUGCCUUCGGCGAAGACGACGAGAAGAAGAUUUGUCCGCUUUUUAUCCUCCGCCUAAUGAAUGUGAUCUUCACGUGUGCUAAUAGUUAUCUAAUAUAUUUAAUAUCCGUUCAAAUACAUCAAAUACCCAGAACCUCCAAACUUAUGUUAUUGUUUUCGUCAGUUUCUUUGGCAACACUUCCGCCACUGUUUUUCUUUUCAUUCCUCUACUAUACAGAUCCCGGAUCUCUGUUCUUCGUAUUACUCAUGUAUAUGUUUGACGUGAAUGAACUCCAACCUCUGGCCGCUAUCUUCGGUGCCAUAUCUUUGCUCUACAGACAGACAAACAUUGUUUGGGUCUUCUUCUUAGCGGCGCACACAAGCCUUAAGCUAACAAUUGAUGCGUUUAGUGAACAGAUAUUGAACAAAAAUCCCGAGAGACAGAAGAGAAGGGUAUUAAUGAAAUCAUUAAUACAAGCGUUGCCGCAGAUUAUCAUUGUUUGCGGCGGAUAUGCAUUGGUUGGCAUCAUAUUUAUCGCAUUUCUCGUCUAUAAUAAUGGUAUUGUCUUAGGGGAUCGAUUAGCGCACGAAGCGGUCCUACAUUUAGCGCAAAUACCCUAUUAUUUGGGUUUCGUGUCGUUUUUCGCGUUUCCCUGGAUUUUCACCGCAAAUAAUAUAAAAAAAUUUAUGUCAAUAUCUGUGAGAUAUCCGCUGCGAGUGCUGAGCGGUGUGGCUGUGAUGGUAGUGGUGUUGUAUCGGUUCGCCUACACUCACCCGUAUCUGUUGGCCGACAACCGUCACUACACUUUCUACAUCUGGAAGCGUAUACUCGGUCGCGAGGGUUCGGCGCUGACCUACGCGGUGACCCCCGUCUACGUGUUCACCGCCGUAACGAUGUAUCAAUUACUGCAACGCAAAGACUCAAACUUCAAGACACUAUUGAUUUUAUGCACAUUCGUGUCAGUAGUGCCCCAGAAGUUGUUAGAAUUGAGAUACUUUUUGGUGCCGUUUGUCAUUUGGCGUAUGAAUAUCGUGCCCACAAACACGACUGUCCUCUCACUGGAACUCGCCUUAUAUACGAUCGUCAAUACGUUUACAAUCUAUAUGUUUGUAUUCAAGACAUUCAAAUGGCCUCAAAAUAACGAAUUGCAACGAAUUAUGUGGUAAUCAAUCAAAUCAAAUCAAAUCAAAUCAAAUCAUAUUUUAU